ACUUCUGUGGCAAGAUGAGGUCAGAAGAGGUUGUCCGCCGGCGUUCGGGUGGUGUUGUUUCCUUGAUAUUGUGUAAUAAGAGAUCAUAUUUAGUGUUUUAGACGUGGGAAAUCACUUAUAUUUUUGCCUUUGAGGAAGGGGUAAAGGCUCAGAGUACCUAUAUUGAUAUUUAUAGGUGGUGACUGGUGAUGCUUUGAGUUGUUUCAGUUUUAGCCGUCUAGGCCCUGGCUUGGACUAUUACUGACACAGUGUGUUGGAAGUCUGAAUCUUAAUCAGUUCCAGUCCUGAUUAGUUUCUGAUUGGCUAUCCACAUCAACAUAAGUGGAUUUACAAGCUAACUGUCCUUCAACUCAUUUGCUCCAUUGGAUGCAGUUAAAGUAGCUCCAAGGAUGGCUAGCAUAGUAACAGUGGUGAAGAAGCCUUUUAGCCUUUGUAUCUCUAUCACCAAAUGGAUACCAGUGGUAUUCAUUCUGGCUGUUGUGGGCUGGUCCUACUAUGCCUAUGUUGUGGAACUCUGCAUGGUGACUGUGGAGAGCUAUGCAGAGAAGCUGGUGUACCUCGUGUUCUAUCACAUCUCCCUGCUGCUGUUCCUCUGGUCAUACUACCAGACAGUGAUGACUCCCAUAGGGAAAGUUCCAAAACAGUUUAAGCUGAGUUCCGCCGACCUGGAGCGUUUCGAGUCGACGGAGGACAAUCGUCUGCAGAUCCAGAUUCUGGACCGCCACGCGGCUGACGGCUGUUUGCCCACCUACAACAGGACCAUGUCAGGCACGCUGCGGUACUGUGAGCGGUGUCGGCAAAUCAAGCCCGAUAGAUGUCACCACUGCUCCGUCUGCGGCGAGUGUGUCCUCAAAAUGGAUCAUCACUGUCCAUGGGUAAACAACUGUAUCGGCUUCACCAACUACAAGUUUUUCGUGCUGUUUCUGGGGUACGCGUUCACCUACUGUGUGUAUGUGACGCUCAGCACGCUCAAAUACUUCAUCGUGUUCUGGAAGGAUGGUCUACAGGGCGUGGCGCGGUUCCACAUUCUCUUCCUCUUCUUCGUGGCGUCCAUGUUCGGCGUCAGUCUGAUCUCGCUACUCAGCUACCACUGCUACCUGGUGCUACGGAAUCAGUCCACACUAGAAACAUUCCGGCCGCCGAUCUUCGAGUCGGGUCCUGACAAGCGCGGCUUCCACAUGGGCCGGUACAACAACUUCUGCGAGGUGUUCGGCGACUCCAAGCUCAAGUGGUUCCUGCCUGUCUUCUCCAGUCUGGGGGACGGCGUCAGUUUUCCGCAGCGUCACGUCGAUCUCGACUCGGACGGCCUGCUGGGCCGCCAGCGCUGGCAGGAGCGGCUCCUCUCCGAUGACGCCAGCGACUCGGAUGACAGCCACGCGGCGCUGGUCAGCGGGCUGGCCGGUGACGGCGGAGUCCGCGUCGGGAACGGGGUGCCAGUGGGCUCGCCUCAGCGGUCAGUGCCCGACGUGCGGCUGGUCAUGGAGUGACCAAUGGGUGGUCAGCGGUGAUCGGUCAGCAGUGAUCGGUCAGCCUCAUGGAGUGACGAUUGGUCACGGACGGUGGUCAUUGGUCAUCUGUCAGCUAUCAGCCAACCUAGGCGGUGAAAGGCUCCGAUCCGAGCGGCCGGCCAGCCGGACCCGCCAAGGGUAAUACGAUCUCAGCCGUUAUGGUCACACGCACAAGACGCGGCCGUCUGCGUCCAUGGUCCGGUCCCGUACACAACUGCGACGCGGCCCCUCAUACGAACGGUAGAACGGCCGUCAGAAGGCAGGAUAGACAGCUGGGCGCGGCUCGUCAGGGGACAGGACAGACGGUUUUGGCGCCGCAGCAGGUGUGUGAUAUUUGUGUGAUGGCCGGGCCUCUGAAUAUGGUCACACAGUGUGAUUUCCGUGUGUCUUCUGGUCAGCUCCGCGCACCCCGUGUUCCCCUGUAUGUGAUGUUUGCGUUUCGGGAGGGGAGAGAGAGUCCUGCUCCUGACAAUCCUGAUUUCAUCGGGCAUACGGCGUGGACAUGUGUGGAAUCGUGGAUAGGGCGUGUGGAUAAUGGAUAUCUUGUGGCAUUUUGAGGAGGCAUUACUGGACCCUGUAUGGCAAUUAUUCAAGGCAGCGGGCUUUUGAGAACUAGUCUCGAGUGACUGAAUUUCAAACUUGUCGCCUGGUUUGCACGCUAUCAGCAUGGCGCUUCAUACAGCGUCCGAUGCCUCAUGCCAGUGUGACCUACCCCAACGUUCGAUCAUCACAUUCCUAGCUGGUAGGAUAGUGGGUCGCCCGUAUUAGUGUGUCGAUGGCUGUCGCCGCGGGCGGCGCUCAGCUGACCCGAGCAGCGCUGUCGAUAUUUAUUCUCCAUCACCAUAUGUCCCUUGCGACUUACCGUCGCAGCUCCCUGCUUCAGCACACAUUUCCUGAGUAGCAGAGUUCCUUUGUCACUUAUACGAACCUAUGUUUGAUUUGGGCCGGGGCUGGGCGGUGGUGUUGCCCUCUGGUGGAUAGGUUCCGCCUGUGAGAUGCUUUAAUCGGCACCAUCGUGUGGUGAUUGCUAGCACCAGCGUUUGGUGAUUGUGUCACCAGCUGAUGCUUGUUUGCUUGUCAUAAUUUAUCAUACCUUCAGGGGGUAUUCGCUGGGUAUGGGGUGGACCCGAUUCGUAUUACGUUUUCACAGUUCCUUCUCAUCAAUGUAUCCCUUGGGUUAUUUGAGAGCUAAAUGCGAGCACUGCACAAUCGGGUGGGGCAGCUGUGUUUGGAAUGUUCUCAGGCUCUGUGUGGGUCACGGGCUGCGGUGACCUAGGUCAGGGACCUGUGUCCGUCGCCGUAACCCGGUGACCCCGUCAGGUCACACGGUACUGUCCUAUAUAGGUGGUACUGCGACCGUGCGCACAAUUUCACCGCUGUGCACAACAUUGGGGCCAUUGCUGAAUCGUAUUGUCGUGAUCACCUCACGGCAUUUAGGUCGAAAGUUUUUGUAACUCGAUGACAAGCAUCUCCUCGCAAAGGCAGCGAAUCAGACCCUGCGUUUUUGUCCCGUUUUGGUAACGAUUGGAGCUUUGGGGGAUGUCGCGCGUCUGUCCCCUACCAGUCCCGAUUGGCUCGGGAGUUGUCUAUGGGUUGAUCCCUCGCUUUUGACGCGAUCUAGUCAUAAUAUGUGGGUGUCUCAACUUUGGGGAUAUUUUUAUCAAUACAUGGAACAUACUCAUCA